AUGGGAGAUGCGUACUACAACGCUGCUUUGGUUGUGGCCGCCUCGGGGGCGAAAGACUCAAGAGAAGGCCUCUUUGUCAACGAGCGUACCAUUUCUACUGUCUUGCAAUUACCGACAAAGAAGAUUGAUCACCAUCCAGCAGCUAGUCCCUUGACCGAAGAACCUGGACGCUUCGAGGGCGUUAUCUCGCGCAACGUUUGGUCACAUUUAUGCCACAUUGCAUCUCUUGAAUUUGCAACAACAGGAUAA